GCUGUCACCGCUGCCACCACGUCACCCCGCAGGAAGGGGCCCUGGCGUCACCCCGGGGACAACACAGGGUUCGGGGGGGGGUGACACCCCGCCCGGAUGCCUGGGGGCCCCGAGAUAGCCGCUGCCGCGGCCGGAGGCGGCCCAGAGCUGGGAGCCACCGGGACGGGACACCGGGAUACUGGGACACUGGGACGCCGGGAUACUGGGACACCGGGACACCGGGACACCGAGACCAAGACAGGGAGACCAGGAACAACACCGGGAUACUGGGACUGACACCAGGACCAGGAGUGGGAUACUGGGACUGAUACUGGAAUACUGGGACCGACACCAGGACUGGUACUGGGACAGCGGGACCGAUACUGGGACACCGGGACCAAAACCGGGACACCAGGACUGACACUGGGAUACUGGGACUGGGACCAGGACACCGGGACUGGGAGAAGGACCAACAUCAGGACACCGGGACCAAAACCAGUGCUGAUACUGGGAGAGCGGGACCAACACCGGGACUGAGACCAGGACUGACGCCGGGAUCGGGACCAACAGGAUGCGCGUGGCCCCAGUGGCCCUGGUGGCCCUGGCCUGGGUGGCCCUGGCGGGUGCUGGGACACCGGUGACAGGUCGGGUGGCCCGGCUGGUGACCGACUUUGGGCUGCGGCUCUUCCGGGAGGCGAUGGGACACCGAGGGGACACCAACGCCAUCUUCGCCCCCCACGGGGCCACCGCCAUGCUGGUGGCCCUCCAACUGGCCACCGCUGGACAUGGCCGUCACCAGCUUGAGACGGCCAUGGGCUUCAGCGUCAACGAUCCAGAGGUGGCGGCGGAGCUGCGGGUGCUGCGCCGGGCGCUGAGGGGACCCGGCCACCUCCUGGCGGUGGCCGAGGGACUUUUUGUGGGGCGGGGGGUGACGCUGACCCCCGGCUUCGUCUCCCGCUUCGUCCGUGCCCUGGGCCCCCGACGCCUGGCCAGGGUGGACUUCCAACGGGGGGAGGGUGCCCGCGCCCUCCUCGACGCCUGGGUGCAGGAGCAAACGCAGGGGCUGAUCCAGGGGCUGCUGCCCCCCGGCGCGGUGGGUGCCAACACCCGCCUGGUGUUGGCCAACGCCGUCUACUUCAAGGGUGCCUGGCUGAGCCCCUUCCCCCCCGCCGCCACCCGGCCCCGGCCCUUCCACAGGGGCGAUGGCACCGUCGUCACCGUCCCCAUGAUGGCACAGACGGCCAAGUUCAACUGCGGGGACUUCGAGACGCCGGAGGGUGUCCCCUACGAGGUGGUGGAGGUCCCCUACAGCGGGGAGGAGGUGGCCAUGCUGCUGGUGGCCCCCUUCUGGCGGGGCGUCCCCAUCGUCACCCUCACCCGCCUCCUGGACGCCCAACUUGUCACCACCUGGGUCACCAACAUGAGCCCCGCGCCCCGUGUCCUCGUCCUGCCCCGCUUCUCCCUGGAGACCACCUGGGACCUCCGAGCACCCCUGAAGUCCUUGGGGGUCCGCGCCCUCUUUGACCCCGACGCCGCCGACUUCACCCCACUCUCAGUUGAGGAGCCCCUUGUCCUGGGCCAAGCCCUGCAGAAGGUGAGGAUGGAAGUGACGGAGAACGGCACCCAGGUGGCAUCGGGCACCGCCGCCAUCGUCUACUCCCGCAUGGCGCCCCUGGAAAUCCUCCUGGAUCGGCCCUUCCUCUUCCUCCUGCGCCACAACCCCACUGGCGCCAUCCUCUUCGUGGGACAGGUGACGGAACCCUGAGCGCCCCACGGCGGGGUCGGCCCCACAGCGGGGUCGGCCACACGGCGGGUUGGGCCCUCCAUGGGGCCAUGUUGGGGCCAUGUGGGGCUGGGGAGAGCUGUAAUUUAUUGGAGAGAGUAAUAUAUUUGGGGGGGGGGGGGUGUCAACCCCCACGUCCUGGUGAUGAUGUCAUCCGUCGCGUCAUGGCGUUGGG